AUACUCAUUUUCAUCCAACGCGGAUUAAUACAAUUGUGAAUGUCACGCACGUGUAAAAGUGCCAGAACACCAAUGUAAACAAACAUGACAGAUUGUGUUGUAGUCGCUGCAAAAAGUGACAGAAAGGUUAUAACUGGCUCGAAAGGUGCAAGAAGGACAGCACAUCAGAUCCCAGAUGAAAUAUUGCACGAUGCCAAGCUGAUAGAGGCAGUUAAACAGUUGCCGUCCAAUUAUAAUUUUGAAAUUCCAAAAACAAUAUGGCGGAUCAGACAGGCUGCUGCAAAGAGAGUUGCUCUACAAUUUCCAGAGGGUCUUUUGAUGUUUGCCUGUACAAUAUCGGACAUCAUUGAACAAUUUACUGAUGCAGAUACUUUGAUAAUGGGAGAUGUGACAUACGGUGCAUGCUGUGUGGACGACUACUCUGCACGAGCUCUAGGUGCAGAUAUAAUGAUCCACUAUGGUCAUAGCUGUCUAGUACCUAUAGACAGGACAGAAGGGAUACAGAUGUUAUAUGUGUUUGUAGAUAUAAAGAUAGACACUGUUCACUUUAUAGAAACAUUGAGACACAACUUCCCAAGAGAAACAAGCCUGGCAUUAGUUAGUACAAUACAGUUUGUCACAGCUUUACAGUCUGUGAGUGAACAUCUUAAAGAAGAAUACAAGAUCAUUUUACCGCAGUGUAAGCCUCUGUCACCUGGAGAAAUUCUUGGCUGUACAUCACCAAAACUGACUGGAGCUGAUGUCAUAGUCUAUUUGGGUGAUGGCAGAUUUCAUCUGGAGUCGAUAAUGAUCCAAAAUCCUGAUAUACCAGCAUACAGAUAUGAUCCAUACAGCAAGGUGUUUUCUCGGGAAUAUUACGAGACAGAUAAGAUGCACGAGAUACGGAGGGAAGCUAUUGCACGUGCUUCACAUGCUCAACAAAUUGGAAUUAUACUUGGAACCCUUGGAAGGCAAGGCAACCCUAAAAUUCUACAGCACCUACAAGAUCGUAUAUUGGAAUGUGGCAAGAAGUAUGUGACUGUGUUACUAUCAGAGAUAUACCCCAACAAACUUGCACUUUUCAAGGAUAUAGAUGCUUGGGUACAGAUUGCCUGUCCAAGAUUGUCUAUUGACUGGGGAAUGGCUUUUGAUAAACCAUUGCUGUCACCUUAUGAGAUGUCAGUGGCUUUGAAUUCUGUACAAUGGCAGACUGUGUACCCAAUGGAUUUCUAUGCUAAUGACAGUCUGGGAGCAUGGACAAAUAAUAAUGAAGCUCAUAGACCGGUCAGACAGAGAAAAACUAAACCAGUCAAAAUUGUUACAAAAACUGAGAAGUCUGAUUCACCUGGAAGCUUGAAGGGAGAACAUACAAAGACUAAUUCAUCAAAUAAAAGUGUAGAGGAAGCAAGUGCUUUGAAUAAGGUUGUUAAAGAUUUUCAUGCAACCAUACAGGGUUGCAAUGAAACUCACUGUUGUAAUACUGGUACUAACAAAUGUUGUGUCAAUGACACUUGAAAUGUGUUUUUUUUAAGAAUACAUAAAAUAAAAGCUAAAAAGAACCAACAAGA